AUGAUGGAGGAACUUGCACAGCGGGCUUUCAUAAAAGUAUUUGGAUCGGAUCCAGAAAAGAAAGACCAGCAGCAAACAUACUGCAGUCCAGAUGGAAAAGAUAGAGGGGAAAAUAAUAAAAAGGGUAUUUUUGAAGCUCUGCUGAGUAAUGGAGAAAGAAAGAAUAUGGAGGAUGUGCCGUCAACGAUUAUGUUGGGCAACAACAUGUCGUUACACGAACGGCACAUUAACGAUGCUAUCCGAGAGAUGGUGGAGGGAUACUUCACGAUUGUUAAGGGCACUGUCGCUGACCAGGUUCCCAAAGCCAUUACAUUGCUUAUGAUUACAAAACUACGGGAGGAAGUGUACGCAAGACUCGUGAAACAACUGUAUACCGAUCAGAACAUUCACGAUUUGCUUGCAGAGUCUCCUGAAGUGGCAACGCAGCGUAAAGCCACGACAACGAUGAUGGAGGCAUUGAAAAAGGCACAGGCUGCGUUGGAGAACGUGCGUGGCUUCACUCUUCUUACAAAGUAG